CAGGCACCUGACAAAGCCCCACAGUGAAGGAUGGAGGUAGGAAGGAAGGCAGCAAGGUGACCUGUGGUGCAGGAGAAAGGGCCCGAGACCCCAGCCAGCCCCCGCCUCAUCUGAGAACCUGAGGCUGAAGUCUCGUUUCGUUUCUUGUUGCCCUUCCAGGUUCCUCAGAGCACCAUGCCCCACCUGUACACGAGCCUGAAGUGAGGGGUCCAGGUGGAAGGCUGAGCCUGCUCGUCCUUGCAGGAUGGCUAAAGCACGGCUCUUCCGGCUCUGGCUUGCCCUGGGCUCUGUCUUCAUGAUCCUCCUGAUCAUUGUGUACUGGGACAACGUGGGCACCGCCCACUUCUACCUGCACACCUCACUCUCCAGGCCACAUCUCCCAGAUCCACUCCCUACACCCGGGCCAGAGGAGGGGAAGGACUUCAUGUCGGACGUUGAUGAGUUUCUGGACAAGCUGCUUAGCUCAGGCCUGAAGCAGAAUGACCCUUCCAGAAAGAAGACUGAACAGCCCCCCCUACUAGCCUCCAGCAAGCCCGCCCUGAGUAACAUGGAGGAGAGCGUGAGGGGCUACGACUGGUCCCCGCAUGACACCAAGCAGAACCCGGACCAGGACAGGCUGCAGGCUGAGAGGAGGCGCGUGCUCAGGGACUUCUGCGCCAACUCGAGCUUCGUCUUCCCCACCAAGGAGCGCUCAUUUGACGACAUCCCCAACUAUGAGCUGAACCACCUCAUUGUGGAUGACCGUCACGGGAUUAUCUACUGUUAUGUGCCCAAGGUGGCGUGCACCAACUGGAAGCGCGUGAUGAUCGUCCUGAGUGAAAGCCUGCUGGACCAGGGCGUGCCCUACCGGGAACCGCUGGACAUCCCUCGCGAGCACGUCCACAACUCCAGCACCCACCUGACAUUCAACAAGUUUUGGCGCCGCUACGGGAAGUUCUCGCGCCAUCUCAUGAAGAUCAAGCUGAAGAAGUACACCAAGUUUCUCUUCGUGCGGGACCCCUUCGUCCGCCUCAUCUCUGCCUUCCGCAGCAAGUUCGAGCUGGAGAACGAGGAGUUCUACCAGAAGUUUGCCAUCCCCAUGCUGAAGAUGUACUCCAACCUCACCAGCUUACCCACCUCCGUCAGUGAGGCCUUCAGUGCCGGCCUGAAGGUGUCCUUCACCAACUUCAUCCAGUACCUGCUGGACCCGCACACCGAGCGGCUGGCGCCCUUCAAUGAGCACUGGCGGCAGGUGUACCGCCUCUGCCACCCCUGUCAGAUCGACUAUGAUUUUGUGGGCAAGCUGGAGACGCUGGAUGAGGAUGCCGCCCAGCUGCUGCGGCUCCUCAAGGUGGACCAGCUUCUCCACUUCCCCCCGAGCUACCGGAACAGGACUGCCAGCAGCUGGGAGGAGGACUGGUUCGCCAGAAUUCCCUUGGCCUGGAGGCAGCAGCUGUACAAACUCUACGAAGCAGAUUUCGUUCUCUUUGGCUACCCUAAGCCGGAAAACCUACUUCGAGACUAAAAGCAUUAGGGAAAGCUCCUGAACGCAAAAAACGUGCUUUUAUCAGGAGUCCCUGGUGAUGCAGUCGGUUAAGCGCUCAGCUGCUAACCGAAAGGUUGUCAGUUUGAACCACCCAGAGGCACCUAGGAAGAAAUUCCUGGUGAUCUGCUUCCAAAA